AUGGCUAAAAAUACCAAAACCUCCACGGUCCAGCCCGUGCCUGAAAAGCGCGGUUAUGAGUUUGGUGGACCACUAGGCGCAUUCGGAAUCACCUUCGGUCUACCUAUUCUUGUCUACCUCCUAACCUUCACCUGCAACGAUGUUUCGGGUUGUCCCGCACCAGGCCUGCUGAACCCCUCGACCUUGACCCUUGAGCAAUUGAAAACCGAGGUGGGCUGGCCAGAGGAAGGCGUCGCGGCACUUUAUGAUACCAAGGUUACCCUGUGGACACUGAGCUACUAUGCCUUCAGUUUGUUCUUGCAGGUCUUCCUUCCCGGCCAAGAGGCCGAGGGCGUUGAACUGGCCUGCGGAGGACGUCUGAAGUACAAGUUCAAUGCUUUCAACUCGGCUUUGAUCAUCCUCUCCGGCCUCGCUGGUGGCACAUAUAUCUACGGCGCCGACUUCGUCGUCUGGACUUUCCUCUGGGACAACUACAUCCAGGUCAUCACCGCAAACCUGAUCAUCUCGUCAACUAUUGCCUUGUUCGUCUACGUCAAGAGCUUCACAGUUCCAGCACCCGGGACGGCAAACGUUGAUCUGCGGCAGCUUGCCCCUGGCGGCCACACAGGAAAUGCGCUGUACGACUUCUUCAUCGGUCGUGAGCUCAACCCUCGUCUCCGUCUGCCUAUUCCGUUUGUCAGUGAGGCCUCGCGCACCCUUGAUAUCAAGGUUUUCAUGGAAAUGCGGCCCGGUCUGCUCGGAUGGACAAUUCUCAACCUGUCCAACGUGGCCCACCAGUACCGCACCUACGGCUACAUCACUGACUCGAUUGUGCUGGUCACUGUCUUCCAAGCAUUCUACAUCCUCGAUGCCCUGUACAUGGAGCCAGCAAUCAUGACCACCAUGGAUGUCAUCAUGGAUGGCUUCGGCUUCAUGCUCUCCUUCGGUGACGUGGUCUGGGUCCCCCACCUUUACAGCAUCCAGAGCCGUUAUCUCUCUGUCUUCCCCUACGAGCUUGGCUGGAGCGGUAUCGCUGUCGUUUUGGGCGUGACGGCAGUUGGUUACUCCAUUUUCCGUGGAGCCAACAACCAAAAGAACCGAUUCCGUACCAACCCCAAUGACCCCCGCGUUAAGAAUGUCAAGUACAUCGAGACUGCCGCUGGAUCCAAGCUCAUGAUCUCUGGAUGGUGGGGUUUGGCCCGUCACAUCAACUACCUUGGCGAUUGGACCAUGUCUUGGGCUUACUGUUUGCCCACUGGUAUCGCAGGCUAUGUUCUGAUUGAAAGCAUUAACCCUGCUAGCGGUGCGGUCCAGAAGCAGGCUGUGCAGACCCCUGAGAUCCGUGGAUUUGGUAUGAUCUUCACAUACUUCUACAUGCUCUACUUUGGAGUCCUCCUGGUUCACCGUGAGAUGCGCGACGAGGAGAAGUGCGAGAAGAAGUACGGUGCCGAUUGGAAGCGCUACACUUCCAUUGUGCGCAGCCGUAUCAUUCCCGGAAUCUACUAA